CUCUUAUAUGGCACUGAUAGGUGGCAUUGACUGGCACUGUUAGGCGGCACUGAUAGGCAGCACUGACUGGCCCUGAUAGGUGACACUGAAAGGCAGCUCAGAUAGGCACUGAUAUGUUGCAUUGAUGAGGCACUGAUGGGCACUGGCAGGUGGCAUUGAUGAGCACAGACAGCUGGUAUUGAUGGGCACUGAGAGGUGGCACUGCUGGGGCUACACUGAUCAUCAGGGCACACUGAUCAGCAGUGCCCUGAUGAUCACUGUCAGCGUGACAGCUCGUGAGGAGAGAAAUGCCGAUAACUGGCAUUGCCCUAUUUACAUGCGAUCAGCUGUGAUUGGA